AACGGUCGGAAUCUCCAAAACGCGCUGGGGGCACGUCCAUUGCUGCAAAAGACCAUUCCUUCUCCGGACAACAGUCAUUUCCGGAGCUCUCUCUCUCUCUCUCUCCAUGUUUUUCAAAGCCAUUUCCCGCCAAAACCAAACUAUCUUCUCCUCCUUCUCAUCUCGUCUCCUCUCAUCUUCAUCUCUCCCUAAUUCUGCCUCUAAACUCAAAGAAUACAAUUUCAAACCCCCUCUCUCCUUCACCAAAGACGACCCUAACCCUAACCCUAAUUCCGCUUCUCAAUCCAUCAAGAAACACCAGAAAACCCCGUACAGACCACCGUCAUCCCUUGAUCGGACGGGCCUAAAGCCUCUUCACUCGGACCUCCCUUUUGACUUCCGGUACAGCUACACUGAGAGCAACUCGUCGGUGAGACCGAUCGGACUGCGCGAGCCCAAGUACUCACCUUUCGGGCCUGGGCGGGUCAACCGUCCGUGGACCGGGGUGUGCGCCCCUGCAACUGACCCGACUGUGAGAUCCGUGGAUGGGGACAGGGGAUUGGACGAAGCCGCAGAGAGGGCUCAGAGGUUGAGGGAGCAGAUUCUUGGGGAGCCACUCACCGAUGCAGAGAGGAAGAUCAUCGUGGAGAGGAAUCAGAAGAAUAAAAGCAAGCGGCAAGUGAAUUUGGGUAGAGAUGGCCUGACUCACAACAUGCUGAAUGAUAUUCACAAUCACUGGAAGCAUGCAGAAGCUGUUAGGAUAAAAUGUCUUGGUGUGCCCACUGUUGAUAUGAAGAAUGUGUGCACCCAGCUUGAGGAUAAGACUGGUGGAGCGAUUAUCCAUAGGAAGGGUGGUACUAUUGUGCUUUAUAGAGGCAGAUAUUAUAAUCCCAAGAAGAGGCCUGUGGUUCCGUUAAUGCUGUGGAAACCCCAUGAACCUAUUUAUCCAAGAUUGAUCAAAACGGUGAUUGAUGGCCUAAGCAUUGAAGAAACGAAGGAAAUGAGAAAGAGAGGCCUUGCAGUUCCUGCCUUGACAACACUGGCAAAGAAUGGUUAUUACGGGAAUCUUGUUCCAAUGGUCCGAGAUGCUUUUCUCACUGAUGAGCUGGUUUGUAUUGAUUGCAAGGGCCUUGAAAAGAGUGACUACAGGAAAAUAGGCAUGAAGCUCAGGGAUUUAGUUCCCUGUGUCCUCGUGACAUUUGACAAGGAGCAGAUUGUGGUGUGGAGGGGAAAGAACGACGGGGAUACAGAUUUACCAAAACUCGGCGACAAAUCAUUCUCUCCCGUUGAAGGAUUGGACUGUGGCACAGAGAGGAAGAGCUGUAGUAGCAGCUCCCAACAAAGCUCCAAUGAUGAAUUGCUUUCUUUAGAUACUGGAAUGCCAACUCCAGUCGGAUAAAUGCCCACUAACAAUACUCGAUU